CUUGGGAGUCACUGGAAGCUACCUGGAACUACCCUCACCUCGGUCUACCUCCUGUAGGAACCCACGAUGGCUCAUGGUGGGGUGGUCCUGGACAGAGACCAGUUCAACUGCUCGGUGUGCCUGGAUGUCCUGAAGGAGCCGGUGACCAUUCCAUGCGGCCAUAGUUACUGCUCCGACUGCAUCCGUAGCUGCUGGGACCACUGGGGGGUCUUGAAGUGCCCUCAAUGUCCGCAGACCUUCAACAGCAGGCCGGAGCUCUGCCGAAACACCUUACUGGCUGACUUGUUGGAAAGAUUCAAGCAAAGUGGACACCUGAAGGCGUUGUCGGGUCAAAGUCUGGUGAAGAGGAAGGACAAGGCCAUCAGUCAGGUGAUGCGACAACUGUUGGAUAAAUUAGACCCGGAUGAGCAGAAAGUUGUCCAGGAUGAGUUGGAUUCCAGGGAUGAAAAGACACGAGUGUACAGAAUGGCUUUUCUGGUGAUAGAUAAGAAGCAACUUGAGGAGCAGAAGACGCAGAUGGAGAGAAAGACGUUCAGAGACCAGAAUAAGUUGAACAGGACCAAGAAGAAGGAACAGGACAAUGUGGACGCGUGCGAGGAGAAGUUGAGGCUGCGAGAAAGGGAGGCGGAGGAGAUGGUUGACAAAAGCCAGGCUCGAGUGGACAACACCCAGGAGGAACUGGACCAGAUCGUGAAGAAGUUGAAGGACAACGACCAGGAGUAUGAAGAGCUGAGGCAAGAACGCCGUGAGGUGCUCCGGGCGUGGGUUGGAAAUGACAUGCCACACUGUUCCUACGAGCUCGGAGAGGGCGAGACCCCGAGGGACGAGGGUCUGAAGGACGAUGCCGAGCCGGUGCCAGCAAAGAAGACUAAGGACACUUUAUAAAGUCGUAGGUUUAUCAGACAUCUCGCUGGCACAAAGCUCAUUUAUUCUCUCUCAGCGUACACAUUGGAAUUUGCUAUCGUCUAAUUUCCGU